AUGGACUCUGUGGUUGUUGAAACAACAAGUGCUAGCUCAGCUACGUUUCUCAGUCGAAUACUACAGAUUGCUCUCGGAUUGUUUGUGACGACCAGCGAUUUGCCACAUCACGAUUUUGGAAACAACAGCGCUCCAGCAAACUUCCACUGUACAUUCAAUGUUCCCUGUCGAUGGUUUUCUGAAGGAGUCAGUGCUGCUCGGUGGAAAUUGGCGCGGGGUGAACCGGAUCCGUUCCUCUGGCUCGCAUCGACAGGAACGAUGCAACGGCCGUCUGAACCGUUUGUUUUGAUUGAACUUCGAGGACAACAAGCGGAUCGCUUGCUAAGCGACGAAAUAGCUUGUCAACGAGGCAGCGCUACGCUUUCGUUUACCUAUUGGAUUGUCGGUAUGAUGCAUAUCAAUCACGAAUCCAGCGCAGCUCAAUGUGGCGGUGAUCGCUGGCAAACCAUCGGCAUUUAA